UGCCAGCGACAUGGCGAGAACUUGUAGAACCGACCCGUCGACUUCCCCCGGUGUUUUUACACCUCUCCACACGCACACACGCAUACAUUAAAACGUCCCACCACACCUACGUGCCUGGGUGACCUGGCACACCGAGGACUUACUAAAAACAACUGCGCCUCCUGAUACGUCUAAAAUCAAACCCGUGUCCUUAUAGGGUUCACCGUAGGACAUCCAAGAUGGCGCAGACGCUGGUCUUGGAAAAGUUCCGCAAGUUUCAGAAGUCGGGAGUGAAACAUGCCGAUGUGCUCGACGUGUACAAAAAAUGGGCCUCCACUUAUGACAAGGACCUGGACCUAAUAAAGCAUGACUCUGCCCGUGCGGGAGCCUCAGCUCUAGCAGACGAGCUGCAGCGGUUACAGAAGCCGAAGAACAUCCGUAUUCUGGACGUGGCUGCCGGGACUGGGUACUGUGGUGUUGAGCUGAAGCAACGAGGUUUCACCAACAUCGAUGCCUUGGACGCCUGCCAAGAGAUGCUGAACGUGGCUGGAAGUAAAGACGUGUACCAGUCCCUGAUCUGUGAGGAUGUGGUGGACAAGCCUCUCCAAAUAGAAAACGACACGUACGAUGCACUCCUCUGCGUGGAAGGAUUUAUUGACGGCCACAUCAAGUGUGACGCCCUGCCUCACCUGCUGAAGGUCGUCAAACCAGGGGGAACGGUGGUCCUCACCGUUCGGGAGGAGUUCCUCCACAUCACCGCCGAGUACCGGAAGUUGGACCCGCUGAUAGUGCGCCUGCGCGAGGAGGGAUUGUGGGAAUACGUCAUCCGUUACAUCACGCCACACUACUUCGGCGACAAAGAUGGCGUUAUCUAUGUCUACAGGCGCAAGUAGUAACGUUAAAUGUUUCUGAAUUUUUGAAACAGAUCGUAACUUGAGAUUGUGCUUGAUAUUGCUAUAAGCACCUUCACCGUUUUGAGUACGCAUGUGCAGCGACAGGAAUUGUGGGUAACAUGUCAAAGGUUAAGGCCCCUAACUUGUAAACAGUUCUCGCCUCGACCAUUAGCUACGUCUCAGGGGUCUUCACCCUUGACAAAUUACCCAUAACUCCUGUUGCUUCGCAUGCGCACUUGAAACGGCGAACAUACUAUAACCGAAAAGAUACCGUUAUUGUAAUGACCAAAUGUUGUUUUAAGAUAAUAAGAUAAAUUUAUUUGGCGGCCAAUGGCACAGUUUGUGAUAGACUAUCAAACCAUAACGAACGGCCACCUAGUCUGUUCAAACAAUACAUAUCAUAAAUCGUUUAGAAUGAUAGUUUUGUACUAGAAUUCACUCAUCAUACGAAUUUUUGACAGUUGAAAAAUCACAACACAUGUAUUACAAACAAGGAAAAGGCAGAGGUGUUUGGGUGAUAGAUAUCCAGCUCAGAAUAUAUCCAUUAUGAAGGAACCAUUUAUGUAUACCAUCCAUAUUACUUUGAAUCCAGGUAGCAAAGAGGCGUUCAUACACAGAUCUACAUAGAUCUAUGAACAAUCAACUUUAACUUUAUUCAAAUUGCACAGGUACAAUACAAUGUGGACACUAGGCAGCUACCUAGCUAUAGCUAGCCGAUAUUGUGACCAUAUACGAUCAACAUAUACAUAUACAGUACAGCAAUGGCAGCAAGAAACAUUAAAUAUUGGGUUAAAAAACUGUUAUACAUCUUAAAACAGUGGCAGCUAGAAUAAUAUAUGAAAAUCUUACAGACCACAACUUACUAGAUGGAGGAAGGGAACAGCUGGAAGAUAAUCUUUUAGUAGAUGUCACAUUCUCAUGGAGUACAUCUGAUAGUUGACUGUUGAUUGCAAAGCCGUAUGCGUGGUUUGGUGGUCUAUGAACAAUAGUACGAACGAACAAUAGUACUUUUUCGAUAUUUUCUUGUGGUGAAAUGUAUUCACGUGUGUAUUGAAAGGAAUAGAUGUACAAAUAUUGUACAGAGUAUGACGUGUAUAACAAUAGUGUGGUACAAAAGAUUUAUGUGAAUAGCUAUGUUCGAAUAUACGUUCUAUCAAAAUUAAGACCAAUGAUAUGGGUUUGCGUGCAAUUCAAUGUAAUUGCGCGUAUAAUGUGUUUUUAUUGAUAAAUGAUUUUUGAUUAGAGUUCUUAGGAAAUAUAUAAACUAUAAUCAAAUGGUGCUUCUUGGUUUUCCCUAAUAAAAUGAAAUAACGGG